AUGAAACUACAAGAAUGGCUUGAGAAGGGUGGAGCUGAAGGCCUCGGUUGGCUGCAACUAGAGAACUUUCCUGAUACUGGUCGAGGUGUUAAAACGCUUCGACCUCUUAAGUUUAACGAUGUAGUCCUUACAAUACCGGGAUCCUUUCUUUGGUCAGUAGACGCAGCAUUUGAUGACUCCGUUCUUGGUCCCACCAUACGCUCCGUAAAACCAUCUUUAUCAGUAGAGGAUAUAUUAGCGGUGUUUCUUCUUUUUAUCAAAUCACGCCAAGAAGAGUACGAGGGAAGAGGAGCGCAUAUAAAAUUAUUACCAACUAGCUAUACAAUGAGUGUGUUUUUUAGCGAUGAAGAACUUGAAGUCUGCUCCGGCUCGUCACUUUAUCAUCUUACUCAACAAUUGAAACAGCAAAUCAAAGACGAUUAUUUUCAUCUCCUCAAUAACUUGUUUUCUAAACAUCCGGAUCUUUUUCCUUUGGAAAAGUUUACACAAAAUGAUUAUAUGUGGGCCCUUUGUUCAAUUUGGAGUCGUGGUAUGGAUUUCCAAUUACCUGACAAGCAAUUCCGAUGCAUCGCACCUUUUGCUGACAUGCUGAAUCAUUCCCCUGACGUUCAACUUUGCCAUAUUUACAAUCCUCGAUCGGAUAGCUUACAGGUAUUGGCAGGAAAAGACUACACAAUAGGCGAACAGGUCUUCAUCAACUAUGGUCCUGUUCCCAAUAACCGACUCCUUCGUCUCUAUGGUUUCAUUCUCCUUAACAAUCCAUAUGACUCCUACGAUCUUGUUCUUACUACACAUCAUGGAGCACCCUUGUAUGAUCAAAAAAUCGCCCUGCUUGAAUCGGCUGGUUUACAAGUCAAUGCCACCUUCUCUCUCAAACUCUCUGAUCCCCUUCCAUUGGAUGUGCUUCGCUAUUUACGGAUUCAGCGCUUAUUAUCCUCAGAAAUUUCUACAAUGAACGUUAACCGUGGAGCCAAAAAUAUAGUCUGUGCUCGUAACGAGGCUGAGAUUUUAAAGGCUUUGAUCGAAGCAUUUGAGGGUCUAUUGGCUAAGUUUGGCACCCCUCUUGAAGACCUCGAAGCAAAAAUUUCUUCUAAUAUAUAUAAACAAAGUGAUAACGUAUGGGCAGCGGCACACGUCAGUAUUGGGGAGCAGAGAAUUUUGAGGAUGGCAUUGCAGAAAACAAGAGAGCUCCUUGCGUUGAUUAUUUGUGCUCAGUGUGGAAAGGUGGAUGAGGAUAAUAAGCGUUGUGCGAGAUGUCGAAGAGUGGUAUAUUGUGGGAGGGAUUGUCAAAAAACCCACUACAAGGAACAUAAGUUUGUAUGCAAUUGA